CGCCAUGACGUUUGGUGGCGUUACGUAAACCGUUCGGCGCAAAAAUUCAAACGUUGAACGGGAAGAAAAGCUACAGCUUGUUGCCUUUUGUAUGCCAUUUUAUAAAUCAUUACGCGUCGCAAUAAAGCCACAUCGGAUUUUAAACAUUUCGAGAUGAGUGCAGCUUCCACACCCGUCUCCCGGGUACGUCCAGGAUGGACGUCGUCCUCCUUGAUGAACAAGGGUAUGUCCCCUGCAGCCUGCAGCACCCCGCUGCUGACAGCCUUCCCCGGCAAUGAUGACGAGCAGGAACGACGUCAGCGCAGAAGGUCAAGAGUCAUUGACCUUCAAACUGCCAAUGACUCCUCCUUCAAUGACUCUGCAUCUCAUAGUGCAGCGGGGACUCCUGCUGCUGUGCCCAAGUUGUCAAAUGCACAGAUCUCAGAGCAUUACUCCACCUGCAUUAAACUCUCCACUGAGAAUAAAAUCACAACUAAAAAUGCUUUUGGUCUGCACCUAAUUGAUUACAUGGCUGAUAUUCUCAAACAGAAGGAUUCUGAGCUCACAAACUUCAAGGUGGCAGCUGGUACUUUGGAUGCCAGUACAAAGAUCUAUGCUGUGAGGGUGGAUGCUGUUCAUGCUGAUGCCUACAGGGUCCUGGGUGGCCUAGGGGCUGAGACCAAACCUGGAGAGAACCAUGGUCCGACAGAGGAGGAGGACAAAGAUGACGGGGCUGAAGUGACUGCCAAGCAGCCGAAGAAAAAGAGGCCUCCUAAGAGGACAGUAGAGCAGAACCUGAGCAACAUCAAUAGCGCCGAGUCUGAAAGGAAGUGUGAGGUGGACCCCAUGUUUCAGCGGAUGGCCUCAUCCUUUGAUGAGAGCAGCACAGCCGGCGUCUUCCUGUCAGUCCUCUUCAGUGAGGACAGUCGCUGCGAGCUGCUGUUUCCCUCCUACAUGACCCUCCUGCAAUCCAGACCCUCUUACUCCCCUCCACCUCCGCAGGGAGUCCCUGCAUCUCCGUUCAUGGCCGGACUGCAGCGUUCCCAGGAGAAAAGCUCCAUCUGCCCCUCGCUGCAGGACUUCUCCUUCACUAGCUGGAACCCUGAGCAGACCAUGAAUCAGCUCUUGGAGAAGAUGAAGCAGGGCGAACAUGUGUUUGACGUGAAUGCUGAGCCUGAGCCAGAGCCUGAAGAAGAUGACUGCCCUGACUUUGACGCUGACUACGAGGAGGGACUGGGCGACUGUGAGGAGAGAUCCAAGGAACACAAGGAGGGUUGUGAGGCCACUGUGUCUGGCAAAGGAAGGGAUGUGAUUCCUAUCGGAGAGGGAGAUAUCGCCACUAUGUGUCUGCAGCUGUCCUCUCAGCCCAGGGAGUAUUCAUACUUCAGCCCCAGGACCAUGGCCACGUGGGCUGGACCCGGCUACUGGCAAUUCAAGCCAAAGCACAAGUUGGACCAUUUGCCUGAUAAGGAGACACGUAAAAGGAAGCCCAAGAAGAUCUUUGAAAUCGACUUCAGUGAUGACGUCAACUUUGACACCUACUUCCGCACCACAAGAGCUGCCACUACUAACAGCAAGUCUGCCCUCAGUGCCAGCAAUAAAAAAACAACUCUACCAGCGGACUUCCAGUUUCCCCCAGAGACACUCUCCCAGCUCAGCCUCAAACCCUCCAGCUCGUUGAGUCAAGAAGGCCAGAAGAGACUGUCCGGGGAGCUCGGAGAAGGCAUUGGAGACUACGACUACAACAACGCAAACGACACAGCUAAUUUCUGUCCAGGUCUUCAGGGUGGUGACAGUGAUGACGAUGUUGAAGGGUUUGCCAGUUCAGAGGAUACACAGCCUUCAGGUGACAGUAUACCUGCACCAUCACAAGAUCUGGAAGGCAUCUCGACCUACGGGGAGGAUGAUCUGGUACCAGAACCACACAGGGUCAACAAGAUUGAGAUCAACUAUGCUAAGACCGCUAAGAAAAUGGACAUGAAGAGACUCAAGAACAACAUGUGGACUCUUCUGACUGACAGCCCAGAAAAACCCACAGAGGAGGUGGCAGCUGUGGAGAAUCCAGAGGUGUGUGGGGAGAAGGUCUUCAGUGAGACCACAAAGACGCUGCUUCAAAGGUUGCCAAACACGAUGGCUCAGAACCUGUCGGUGCCUCUGGCGUUUGUCGCUCUGCUUCAUCUUGCCAAUGAAAAGAAUUUGGAGCUGGUGAAGGUUGAUGACAUGUCCGAUAUCAUCAUCAGACAAGGCCACUGAGGAGAAAUGAAUGAUAGCGUGUUUUAAGUAGAAUCGUUGCUGUUCCUUUGUGCUGUUCUCUACUUGUACUUUGUAAAUUAUCUGAUGUUUCUCCGUGACACUCUGUGCUUUUGUUUUUGUUCAUUUCCUAGAAAAUACAAUAUGUAAUCAGGAACUGUUCAAAAGUCAAAUGUGUCUUAUUUCUUAAAUGGUUUGCAGUCCCUUUCAUUCUGUCUGAUGCUUAUUUGUGUGUAGAUAUUUAACUGCUCAACCACCACACAAAAUUGUAUAUUGUCAAGAGAAAUAAAAGCCUUUUUUUAAAAACA